CCAAAACUGUGACGAGACCUCUAAACCAAGACAUGGUCUCCAGGUGUCUCUCCCUCCGUCCUCAUCUUCCCUUUCCAAUCUCCAAAAUCCAAAAGCCCUCUUGCUUUCCCACUCAUGUUUCCCCCUUCACCGCCGCAAAACCCACCAACCCCCGCCAUUCCUCCCAUUUACCCACCAUGAGAUGCUCCAAUUCCGGUAGCCUCCUCCCGUUCCAACCCGACCCUUCCCUCACCAACGACGACCUCAAGCCUACCACUCCCAGCCAGCGCACUUUCUCUGGCUUGGAAUUGGCCACUCUCUGGGUGGGUCUGGUGGUGGGUGUACCCUCCUAUUACCUCGCCGGCAGCCUCGUCGACCUCGGCAUGUCAUGGUGGCAGGGCAUAGCCACGGUGGUCGCGGCCAACGCCAUCCUUUUGGUCCCUCUGGUGCUCACCGGUCAUCCCGGUACUCGCUACGGCAUAUCCUUCCCGGUUCUUGCGAGAUCCUCUUUUGGAAUCCACGGUGCUCAUAUUCCCACUCUUAUACGAGCCCUCGUUGGGUGUGGUUGGUAUGGGAUUGAGUCUUGGAUCGGUGGAGAGGCUAUCUUCCUUCUCCUGCCAAACUCAAUCAAACAAACUCGAUUCUCUCACUAUCUUCCUUGGCUCGGUACUUCCCCCCUUGAAUUUGCCUGUUUUUUGACCUUCUGGGCGGCACAAUUGGCCUUCGUGUGGAGAGGAAUUGAUGGGAUUCGAGAGCUGGAGAAGUACUCUGCUCCAAUACUCAUUCUACUCACUUCCUGUCUUCUCAUGUGGUCUGGCGUUAAAGCAGGUGGGUUUGGUCACAUGCUUUCCUUGUCCUCUAGGCUCUCCAAAUCAGAGUUUUGGUCCUUGUUCUUCCCUUCUCUAACUGCCAACAUAAGCUUCUGGGCUACGGUGGCCCUGAACAUCCCUGAUUUUACUCGCUAUGCUAAGAGCCAGACUGAUCAAGUCGUUGGCCAGAUUGGGCUUCCCAUCUUCAUGGGGGCAUUCACGUUCGUCGGCCUCGCGGUGACCUCAUCGACGAAGGUGAUAUUUGGGCAGGUCAUUUCUAGCCCAAUUCAACUACUCGGCCAGAUUGGUGGCUUCACGACGAUUAUUCUAGCCAUUAUAGGAAUAAGUCUUGCCACUAUCACCACUAACAUCGCUGCCAAUGUCGUGGCACCUGCGAAUGCGCUUGUGAAUCUGAGCCCUUCGCGGUUCACUUUCAGAAGAGGAGCUCUAGUCACUGCGUUGCUAGGGAUUGCUUUUCAGCCUUGGAGGCUUCUCAAGUCUAGUGAGAGCUUUGUGUAUACGUGGCUGCUCGGCUAUUCUGCGUUCGUAGGUCCUAUUGGGGGGAUUCUUUUGGUCGAUUACUAUCUUGUACAGUCGACCAAUUUGAGCAUCACAGAUCUGUACUCCCGUAGUCCUGAUGGAGCUUACUAUUACACAGGGGGCUUUAAUUUAUUGGCGAUGGUGGCUCUGGCUAUUGGUAUUUUGCCAGUAAUCCCUGGUUUCUUGCAGAGAGUUGGAGUUCUAACUUCUGACAUUCCUGAAGCUUUUGCAUUAAUGUACAACAAUGCUUGGUUUAUAAGCUUCUUCUCCGCUGGAUACGUCUAUUGGAUUCUAUCUCGUCUCUCCAGAAAGCCGAAUAAAUAGAUCAGAGUUCCUCGUUCCCGUUUCCCAACAUGUAUAUAUAUAACGCCAUGUGAUAUCUGAAUUACAGAAAUGUGAUAGAUAUCAUUGGAAAGAGAGUUUACUCAGAAAGAGAGAGUUGAAGAAAGCAAAACUUUGAACUUUGUAUUUUUAAAUUUGUUAAUGCCACACAGUUGAAGUU